AUGGCAAGAGAGGUCUGUCCCUGCCGCGGGCCGGCUGCAGAGCGGACGUUGAGCCCUGCUCCGACCCCACUUGGCCCACCCGGUUCGCUGUGUUCAUUAACUGCUGUCCGGACCUUUCCGGCCAGCGCGACCGUCACCUACGAGACGUGCUGGGGCUACUACGACGUGAGCGGCCAGUACGACAAGGAGUUCGAGUGUAACAACAGCGAGAGCGGCUACCUGUACUGCUGCGGCACCUGCUACUACCGCUUCUGCUGCAAGAAGCGCCACGAGAAGCUGGACCAGCGCCAGUGCACCAACUACCAGAGCCCGGUGUGGGUACAGACGCCCAGCACCAAAGUGGUGUCGCCGGGGCCCGAGAACAAGUACGACCCGGAGAAGGACAAGACCAACUUCACCGUCUACAUCACCUGCGGGGUGAUCGCCUUCGUCAUCGUGGCCGGCGUCUUCGCCAAGGUCUCCUACGACAAGGCCCACCGCCCUCCGCGGGAGAUGAACAUCCACAGGGCUCUGGCUGACAUCUUAAGACAACAGGGACCAAUCCCCAUAGCACACUGUGAAAGAGAAACUAUCUCGGCUAUCGAUACCUCUCCCAAAGAGAACACGCCGGUUAGAUCGUCCUCCAAAAACCACUACACUCCUGUGCGUACGGCCAAGCAGACUCCAGGGCAUUAUGGGAAGGAUGCUUACCGAAGUGGAGGACCUGAUCUCCAUAACUUCAUCUCAUCUGGAUUUGUCACAUUAGGAAGAGGACACACCAAGGGUACAGUGGAAACCAUUUUUUACUAAAAUACAGAGGUGGCCUAGGGAACCCCCAUCUGAAAUGAGAAGAUGGUGUGGAGGCCAGAGGCUUGUCUGGGACAGGAAUAAGCGGGGUGGUUCCAUGGCAGCUUGUCCUGGUGACAUGCGUGGCUUCUGACAGGAGUUACCAGGAGAUCACAGGUGUGACUUUAGAGGGCGAUAGACUUCCAAGAGACACCCAUCCCGCUCCACCCAUGGCGGGGAGCAGGACACAGAUGCCGGCGGCUCCCUGUGGGAGGGGAGUGUGGUGGAAAACACUGUCAGUGGAUGUAGCAGCAUUUGCAAUGUGUGUGUUCGUCUCUUGGCUAUUAUUCCUUUUCCUUUUGAAAGCUGCAUUUUAUAAACUGAUGUCAACGUUCUGUACUGUGGUAUCUAAGCCGGUGUGCAUGUGGAGAGUUUCAGCAUCCUCAGUGUGUCUCCGUAAACACUGUGGGAUGUGGACACAAAGGUAGAAGGUUAUGCAAACCUUCAAGCCUCAAGAUGAAAGCUAACCUAGAGUUUCUGCUGAGCUGCUUUACGACCUAGCUGACAGCUUGCAGAGCAUCUGUGCGGGGGGCACGGACUCCUCCUCAAUUCUGUCUUUUGUUUAAACAAGGUCCUACGAGUGUUGUGAGCAUUCUGUCACAUCAAGAGUCACUGGAUCCCUAACUCCUUUGAUUACCGUCCCAAUACCUGUGUGCUGUUAUAGAUCAAAUGUGAAUUCUGUUGUAGGGAUGGUGUAUCCCUGUCUUCCCCUGAGAUAUGUGUCUUGUGUGAGUAAACAAGGAACUGUGCAAUAUUUUCUUACGUUCCAUGCACCUACUUUUAAAAUUCCUUAUGUGAUGUUUGUUCAUCCUAUAGAGAAAAAAAAUCUGUAUCUGUGUAUGUAUUUUCUGUUGUGUCUAUUUGUGUCUAAAUAAAGUUUAUUGAGGAUA